AUCCAAAGGCUUUCUGGGCUAUUAAGGAUUGGGGGCACCCGGAGUCGAGAGUUGUAAGUAGUGUGUUCGCUGCUCAGAUCUGUCUUGUGGCCCUAAGAAAAGUCUGUCUGUGAAGGGCACUGCCUUGCGGACCGAGGAAGCUGUCUGUUCUGCCCUGGAAAUGGAGGGCAGGUGCUAUGGUUGCGCGGCCAAGUUCACUUUAUUCCGAAAGGAGUGUGGCUGUAAGAACUGCGGGCGAGCCUUCUGUUCCCACUGCCUCUCCUUCAGUGCAGCUGUGCCGCGCUUGGAGCACGCCCAGCAGAAGGUCUGCAAGCCAUGCUAUGAAGUACUGACCAGAGGGCCGGCAGAGGCCAGCGGCUCCAAGUGGUCACCGCCUGAGAACUACAAGAAGCGGGUUGCUGCAUUGGAGGCCAAACAGAAGCUCGUUGUGCCCCAGGGCAUGGUUGGGCCACAGGGACUAUCUCAAGAAGACCAAGUCAUUGCCAAGCGACUGGAGAAACUCCGCCAGGGGACCAAGACUAAGGUGGUGCCUUCCCAGGCAGAGAUUGAGGCCCGGCUGGCUGCUCUUCGGGAUGAGCCUCGAGGCCCCAUCCCUUCCACAGAGGAGAUGGAGGACCGGCUAGCUAUGCUGCAGGGCAGAGUUCCCCCUUCCCAGGCUCCUCGGCCGGUCCACCAACCUCCUGACACCAGGACACAGGCCCAACAGGCAGAGGAUCUUUUGACUCAGCUAGCAGCAGAGGUGGUGAUCGAUGAAAGCUGUGAUCAAGAAACCCCAUUGCCAGGUGUCUCUCUGCAAAAUGACCUUAACCGGGACAGCCCACGGAGCUGGAAUAUUGGCUCGGCUGAGCUGGCCCACCAGCAGCUGGAAGGAGAGAAGGGCAGGCUCCUGGCAGAGGCAGCAGCUGAGCUAAGGGAGGAGAACACCCGGCAGGAGAGGAUCCUGGCCCUCGCCAAGCGGCUAGCUGUACUCCGGGGCCUGGACCCCGAAGGAGUGACCUUGCAGAAUUAUCACUUCCCUGAUAGCGAUGAGGAUGAAGAGGAGGCCAUCCAGAGAGUCCUUCAGCAGCUCACAGAAGAGGCUGCCCUAGAUGAGGCAAGUGGCUUCAACAUCCCUGCUAAGCAGGGGCCUCCAUCCCGGGCCCAGCCUAAGGCCCCCACCGUGACCCCCACAGCCGACUCAGAGGCGGAGGAGGAGCUUCCCUGGUGCUGCAUCUGCAAUGAAGACGCCACACUGCGCUGCUAUGGUUGCGACGGCGACCUUUACUGCCCACGCUGCUUCCGGGAGGGCCACGAUGCCUUUGAACGGAAGGAGCACCGAACAUCCGUCUACCAUCCCCCCUGCACAAGAGGAGAGCACUAACCCCUGCUGGGGUCUUGCUGGAAAGGCAGCGCCUGGGAAAGGGGCCCAGAGGUCCGGAGCUCCUAGUGCUCCCUGUGCCUCAGAGGGUGCUCCUUGGGGGUGCUACUCAGAGGGAGGAGCUGAUGCAUGAGGGAGCCCUCCUCUGCAGCCUUGGCUGCCCAAGGAGGAGGCUGGAUCCUCCUUCCUGAGAUGGGGAAGGGCAGCUCAAGUCAGAGCCACUGCCGGGGGAGGGGAAGGAAGCGGGGACUACUGAGGAUUUUAAUGCUUACUCUACUAAUAUCCUAGGAGCCCUAGAGGGGGUGACCCCGGUCCCUUGUCUAGAGGGGAUCAGGGGGCUGGGCUGCCAGUCUUAAACCUGGCCCAAAAAACUAUUCUCCCUCCGGAUCCACAGUACCUCAUUAUCCCCUAAUUAAAUGUAUUGAUUCCCUCAAA